AUGCCUGCGAUAUUGCACAUGAGUACAGGCGUUUUGGACUACGGUACUGUACGCUCGCGCUGUGGAGUGGACAAUACCUGCAUUGGCGUCAUGGGUACGAGCGCUGGUGGUGGGCUUGCUGCAAGUGCAGCCCUUAUGGCGAGAGAUAGGUGGCAGAAGACGCCACUUGCGGAGUAG